AUGAAGCAUAUUCAUAUACUGUUCAUAUUAACCGGUUUUAUACUGCUUCCUUUCAUUGCCCAUCAUGUAAAAGGUGAAUGCGUCUCUUUGGAGGGGCAGUGUUCAAAAACUGUCUUUUCACAAUGCUGUGAUCCAUUCUCAUGCGAAUUAGAAUCAGCAUUUUAUGGAAAGUGUAAAGUCUGCUUAGGUGGUGGAUCAUUCUGUUGGCGUAGUAGUGAAUGUUGCUCAGUUGAAACUGUAACUGGUAAAGACAGUUAA